GUCCCGCCAGGAAGCGCGCUCGGUGGCCAUGAGCAAGAGGAAACAGGUCUCCUACGUGCGGCCGGCCGAGCCCGCCUUCCUCAGCCGCUUCAAGUGUCAGGUCGGGUAUCGGGAAGGCCCCACGGUGGACACCAAGAGAGAGCAGCUUCCACCUGUGGAUGAUGACAGUGACAAGGAAGAUGAGCAGCCUCAAGUGGUGACACUGAAGAAAGGGGACUUGACUGCGGAAGAAGCAAUGAAAAUUAAACAGCAAAUCAAAGAGGCCUUAAAGUCAAAAGAAUCAGAUGAUGAACCAGAACCUGCGGAUGGAAAAAUUUUGUUCAGGAAACCAGCCAAACGUUCAUCAGAGAAGUGUUUGGACUUCAAUGUAAGCUCAAGUAAGAAGAUGAAAGAAGCAAAGAAAACGAAGACAGAAGCAACUACUUCUCAGAGUACAUCUAAGCAAGUAAAAAACAGCAGCCUUCUCUCAUUUGAUGAUGAGGAAAAUGAUGAUUAGGGGUUGUAUUUUUUUGUAUUUUACUUGACCUCCUAAAGACCUGAAUAACACUGAGGGCGUUCAUAGAAAUUGAAGCAUGGUAUCUAAGUCUUCUCUUACUUUGUUAUAAUCCAGCUAGAGAAGAAUAGUAUAAAAUUAGCAAGAGCUAAGUCUUUGCAGUUGGAACUGUAUGUCAUGGCUUUAUUUUAAAAGAGAAUUUAACCAUGUAUGUAAAAGCUAUUUGAGGUCACAAAUGAGUAGCAAAAUAUACCUGUAUAUAUUCAACUUAAAAAUUUUCAAUCAAUCCAUCUUAAAAUGCCCUCCAUGACUAAAAUGUAUUUCCUCUAUAUUGAAUAGUCUUAGUUGACAGUUAUGUGAUUUUUAUCUGUUAUUAUUGACAUUCAAGAGAGACACUUCAUUGCUGUGAAACAGAGACUGGAGUUUUCUGUCUUAUAGCUUAACAAAAGUUUGCACAACCUUUGCAUUUGUGAUUUGCAAGAUUAGCUCUUUGCAGAGCCUUGCAGUAAAUGAGGCUGCAGUUGCUAAAGUCAUGUAGUCUUGAUCCUGUCUUUGGUGAAUGCAGUCUAAGAAACAUCAAAUUCAAUUUGAAUUGGUUGUGAUAGCAAGGUAUAAAGACUUUGUUUCUAGUUGAUGGUAUCAACUAAUGCAAAAUAAGCCCAAACUGUUGGAGAUUGUGCACUUUGGUUUUGAUACCGAUGAGCUCAGUGGAUUUGUGGUGUUUUGGGGUUUUUUUUAAAGUACAUUUGUUCAGUUAGCUACUUAUGUGUUCAUAAUUAUUUGAGAUCUCAGGCAGCUUGUUUAAAAAAAUAUAUUUCAUCUUUAAGCUGUGGAAAAGCAUUAAUUUAGCUUUCUUCAAGUAGGGAGGAAGUUGUAAAUAGGGAAUUUAAAUGAAGAAACACCAUAGCUGUGUGUGUGUGUUGGUUUGAUAGUUUCUGGGGCAGACACUCCAAAAUGAGUUACUGACCCUUUUAGUUUUAACUGCUCCCCUUUUACCAGUAAGCAGAGAUGAAAACAGGAACAUAUAAGUGAGAAAAUAACAGUUUACUAAAGAAAUUAAACAGCAACAGGCAGGAUAACAGUCAUCACUAGGUAAAAGGUGCUGAAUCCCACGGACUGCUCGGGAGGAAAGAAAACAAGAUGGCAGAGAAACUCCUGCUGAAAAUAUUGGCCUCCAUAGAAGACCACGUGGUUCAGGGAACAAAGACAAGCUGGUGAAGAAAACCCUUCACCUGACCAUGUAGAGGAGAGAGAACAAAGGGAAAAAAACCACCACAGCAUUUGAAACUGUAAUUAUAAAAGUCCCUCUUCCCCAGACAGCAACCAACGAGGAACAAGGACAAAACAAAAAGAAACCUGGACUCCAGACCCAGUCAAAUGCUGCUAAUCCAUUUGCUCCACAUCACCUGGCAGCAGCUCCACCAAUGGUGGCAGCUGGAACUGGUCAGUGGAUGGAACUCAUGGAGGGACUUGACCUCCUCCUCAGCAGAAGAUGAGAGGCAGAUGCCUGGGGCAGCCUGAGCCCCAUGCCCUCUCGCUGCAGCUGAGCACUGCUGGGGGGCUGGAGUGACUGUAUGGAGCAGGUGCUGUUCUGUUUUGCCCAUUGUGGUGCCGUGGCUGGCUGUCCCAGGUGACAGCAAUGAAAAAGGAAGGAAAAAAGGUCUGAAAAGAAAAUCCUCCCUGGCCCAGAGACCAAAACAAAGGGGAGUUUCUGCCUUGUGCUGCCUCAGCUUCUCAGUAGCUAGCGGGAAUGAAAGAGAGGCCUGUGUGAAUGUUGUCCUAAUUUUAAAGGGAUCCUGGCAUCUCCUGCCUCCAUGAACCUGAGGCAAGAUCCUCCAGAUCUGCUUCUGACUCCCUAUGUCUUAAAGGGAGAGUAACAAUCUCAGGCAGAUGGCCGUAGAAAGAACAUGAUAAUUUCAGCAUCUUUUCUGUAAUAGGACAGAAACGACACUGAGAGCUGAUGGGAUUUGGGAGAACAAGGUGUGGAAAUGUGAUUUGUGACUUUGAAUUUAUUUGGAUGUAUGGUAUGUUCUGUAACCAUAGGAAACCAGUUCUGCUGCAUGACAGAACAUUUGAAAUUAUUUGGCCUGUAAAGCUUCAUUGAGGAGCAAAUUUCAACUUGCUGUGUGAAACAGCUGGUUUUAGUUAGGUCAUCUGGGAGUAAAUGAUAAAUUAUGCUUUCUUUUAAGUGGUCCAAAUAUACUUUAAUAAAAAUUUCAGUACAUGAAAUUAUUUUUUUUUGUCUCCUGGUAUUGGAGCCUCUUGUACCUGCUGCCUGUCUCCCCACACACCAGCUUCCUGCAGCAUUACAUCAAAUGCAAGUCUGCAAGCUGUUUCACACUGUUUGUGUGAGUACAUGUUACCCUGAUCUUGAAAAUGAAUGGAUCUGUUGUCCUUUCAGAAAACUGAAACCAGAUCUAGAAAUGGAUAUUAAAGUCUUGUUGCACUGGUCAUGAGAGAGGUGCUAUGUGACAACCUGAUUAUUCCCAUGAGGACAUGCUACAUUGGUAAAUACAUAAUUUAUCUGUAUUCUCUAUAUAAAAGAAGAAAAAAAUUUAAAGAAGUGCAGAACCAAACGUUUACAGGGAUUAGUAUUUCCAUUUAUUUUAUAUACUUUAAACUUGUUUGAAUCCAUUAAGAAUAUAUACAAAUAUAUAUGUACAUACCCAUGAGUAAUCUUGUAGCCUUCCAGCAAACAAAAGGAAUAUUUGGGCAUAUGUCAACAAUGGAGUAAAUACUCUGAUUUGAUGAGACUCGUCUGAAAGAAUGAAUUAACCAUUGGCUACUUACUUCAACUUUUCUGGUUCUGUUCAUCAGCAUAGAAAUGUAUUUGCUUACAUUUUUCUUCCAUAACCUGGAAGCUCAUGACUUGAGCUGUGAGACAGUUUAGGAGACAUGGCUAUUGAGAUAAAUGCUUGCCAAGGCCCAGAGGGCAUUUGGUUUUACCUUAAAAUUAGAGCAGUUGAUCUGGCCUGUUCAAAAUAAGAUUGAGAUCUUGUUUGAUUCUGGACAGUAAUUGCAUUUAAACAAAAAUUACCAUAUUUUGUGAAAGAAGCGGGAGACUGCCAGUAAAAGGAGGGUUACCUUAAAGUACGGAGUACAGUACGUCUGCUAAUUGAGUGUGGUACUUUUGCUUAAUCAUGUUUCUUGCUCUAGAACCUCAUGACAGAUGUCUGGAAUGCAAAUAAAUUGCAUUUACUUGGAAA